AAACCCAGCAGCGGUCUACCAUCAGCCCCCCAAUUUCGCCGAUUUCAUCUUGUCGUCCCUUCUUCUCGUUCUUUUUCUCUCCUUUGCCCUCGUUUUUUUCUAGGUAAACCUGCCGCUUUCUUUCGUCCUUUUCCUUCUGAAUCGCAUCAAAUCUCCAGUCCAAGACGAGCUUUCCGUUGAUUGAUCGCCAGCUACUAGGAUUUUACCGGUGAAAGCCGUCGUCCUGAGAACCCCAGCGGCAGCCGCCGACGCCGUCGUGAUCGGGCCAUGAGUUCUCUUAGCAGAGAACUCGUCUUCCUCAUACUCCAGUUUCUAGAUGAGGAGAAGUUCAAGGAGACGGUUCACAAGUUGGAGCAAGAGUCUGGGUUUUAUUUCAAUAUGAAGCACUUCGAGGAGGCGGUGCUCGCUGGGAAUUGGGAGGAGGUUGAAAGGUACCUUUCGGGGUUUACCAAGGUGGACGAUAACCGUUACUCGAUGAAGAUUUUUUUUGAGAUCCGGAAACAGAAGUAUCUCGAAGCCCUGGAUAAGAAAGAACGGGCGAAGGCUGUGGACAUACUCAUGAAGGACCUCAAGGUUUUUGCGGCUUUCAAUGAGGACCUAUUUAAGGAGAUCACUCAGCUGCUAACCUUGGAAAAUUUUAGAGAAAAUGAGCAGCUCUCUAAGUACGGGGAUACAAAAUCUGCUAGAUCUGUGAUGCUUUCAGAGCUAAAAAAGUUGAUCGAGGCCAAUCCUUUGUUCCGUGACAAACUGCAGUUCCCCAAUCUUAAAAACUCAAGAUUGAGGACGCUCAUUAAUCAAAGUUUGAAUUGGCAGCAUCAAUUAUGUAAGAAUCCUAGGCCAAACCCAGAUAUUAAAACCCUGUUUUAUGAUCACUCUUGCUCCCAGCCAAAUGGUGCGCGGGUAGCAUCACCUGCCCCCCCAGUUAUGAAUGUGAUGCAAAAACCAGGAGGAUUCCCCCAACUAGGUCCUCAUGCAGGGACUGGAGUUAUUACGCAAUUUCAGCCUCAAGCAACUGCUCUUCCAGGACAACUUACUGGUUGGAUGGCCAAUGCAUCGAAUGCUACUCCAAUCUCACAUCCAGCAAUGUCGACUGGACCCCUUGGCCUAGCCGUCCCGCCCAAUUCUGCUACUAUGUUGAAGCAUCCUGCUAGCAACCCACAUGUGGAUUAUCACUCAGCAGACUCAGAACAUGUUCAUAAAAGGCCACGUCCUAUGGGAACAUCUGAGGAGGCUUCCAUACCUACCGCCCACUUACCAGUUGCAUAUGCUAGCAUUUCUAGAAACCAGCAUGGUAUUGAUGAGUUGCCAAAGAAUGUUGCUGUAACUUUAAACCAGGGUUCUAUUGUGAUAAGCAUGGAUUUCCAUCCUUCUCAACCAACACAUCUUCUUGUUGGUACCAAUGUUGGUGAUAUUGCUAUUUGGGAGGUGUCCUGCAGGGAGAGGCUUGUUCACAGAAAUUUUAAGGUCUGGCAACUUUCUGCAUGUUCAGCACUCUUCCAGUCUACUUUGGUUAAGGAUCCUUCCAUUUCUGUUAAUCGUGUGCUUUGGAGUCCAGAUGGCAAUCAAUUUGGUGUUGCAUACUCCAAGCACAUCGUGCACUUUUACGAUUUCAAUGGCCGUGAUGACCUAAUACAGCAUUUGGAGAUUGAUGCACAUAUUGGUGGGGUAAAUGACAUUGCAUUCUCACAACCUGGCAAGAAAUUAUGCAUAGUGACUUGUGGAGAUGACAAGACGAUCAAGGUCUGGGAUGCUGCUACAGCUGAGGUUCUGUAUACCUAUGAAGGUCAUGAAGCACCGGUUUAUUCAAUAUGUACACACUCAAAGGAAAACAUUCAUUUUAUCUUUUCAACCUCCCUUGAUGGGAAAAUUAAAGCUUGGCUGUAUGAUAAUGGAGGCUCUAGAGUGGAUUAUAUUGCUCCUGGUCAUUGUUGUACUUCCAUGGCUUAUAGCGCUGAUGGAACAAGGCUGUUCUCCUGUGCGAGUAGUAAAGAUGGAGAUACAUAUAUUGUUGAAUGGAAUGAGAGUGAAGGCUCUGUAAAGAGAAAAUAUUCUGGUUUCUGUAAAAGGUCAAUUGGGGUGGUGCAAUUUGAUACCACAAAAAGUCGAUUUUUGGCUGCUGGAGAUGAGUUUAUGAUCAAAUUUUGGGACAUGGACAAUACUAACCUUCUGACAACAACUGAUGCAGAUGGUGGAUUACCGGCUUCUCCACGGAUUCGCUUCAACAGUUUAGGGUCACUUUUAGCUGUUUCAACUAGUGACAAUUGUAUCAAGAUCUUAGCCAAUGUUGAGGGAUUUCAACUGCUGCGAUCCCUUGAAACUCGGUUGUAUGGUGCUUCCAGAUUAGUUGCUGAGGCAAAGGCAUCCACCCUUAGUCCCUUGGGAACUGUCAGUACUGUUCCAGGAACUAGCACUGCUGAUGCUGAUCGUAGCACACAAGUAGCUCAGGUUGGCGCAUUGCAAAGUGGUGAUAAUCGUACUAUUGCUGAUGUCAAACCCCGAAUUGUUGAUGAGUUACUAGAUAAAUCCAAUGUUUGGAAACUCGCUGAAAUCACUGAACCAUCUCAAUGCAGCUCUCUAAGGCUUCCUGAUAAUUUAUUAACAGUCAAGGUUGCCAGGUUGAUUUACACCAAUACAGGUCUUGCAAUAUUGGCCUUAGCAUCUAAUGCUGUUCACAAACUAUGGAAAUGGCCUAAAACAGACAGAAAUGUAUCUGGAAAGGCAACUGCAGCAGCUGUGCCACAGAUUUGGCAACCUACUAGUGGAAUAUUGAUGACUAACGAAACCAGUGAUGCAAACACUGAAGAAGCUAUUCACUGCUUUGCACUAUCAAAAAAUGAUUCAUAUGUCUUGUCUGCAUCUGGGGGAAAGAUAUCCCUUUUCAAUAUGAUGUCUUUCAAGACAAUGACAACUUUUAUGCCUCCACCGCCAGCAGCCACCUUCCUUGCUUUUCAUCCACAAGACAAUAAUAUCAUUGCUAUAGGAAUGGAUGAUUCCUCAAUCCAAAUUUAUAAUGUUCGGGUUGAUGAGGUUAAAAGCAAACUUAGAGGGCAUCAAAAGAGGAUUACAGGCCUUGCAUUUUCCAACGUGCUAAACAUUCUCAUCUCUUCAGGUGCAGAUUCCCAGCUUUGCGUAUGGGGUAUGAAUGCGUGGGACAAACAAGGUAGCAAGUUUUUGCAGAUUCCUCCUGGCCGAACUUCAGGCCCUGUUGUAGAGACGAAGGUUCAAUUCCACCAGGAUCAGGUUCAAUUCUUGGUUGUGCAUGAGUCCCAUAUAGCAAUAUAUGAAGCAAGAAAAUUGGAGUGUCUUAAACAGUGGGUUCCCCGAGACGGUUUGGUAACACAUGCAACUUAUUCUUGUGACAGCCAAAUGAUAUAUGCCAGUUUCACCGAUGGAAGUGUGAAUGUCUUGACAUCAACGCUUAGAUUGAGGUGUCGGAUAAGCCCUGCAGCAUAUCUUAAUUCUCCACCAAGCUCAAACAUCUAUCCUGUCGUUGUUGCUGCCAAUCCCACCGACCCCUAUCAGUUUGCCCUUGGAUUAACUGAUGGUGGCGUCCAUGUAGUUGAGCCUUUGGAAUCCCAAGGGAAAUGGGGAACUUCUCCCCCGUUGGAGAAUGUAGUCGGCGGCUCUAUUACCAUCCAACCUGUUGGAAACCCUAAUUCAGAUCAACCAUCAAGAUGAGACACUCAUCAACCAUCAAGCCGUUGUACCUUCAGCAGAUCUGUUUUUAGAAAUGCUCUAUCGAUCUCCAACUAGCAACAAAUUAAGUACGGUUAUUAUGAUUGGCUUUGAGGUUGACAUCAAUUCUUGUUGAUCUUUAGUCGCAGCAAAAGUUGAAGUAUUGCACAGUUAAAAUGGCUAACUUUUGUAGUGGUGGAGGCUGCGAUAACAUACAGUAUGUUUAGAUCACCUUCCAUCCUCUUCACAAAUUAGGAUGUGAUGUGCGUAGAUAUGAUUUUCUUCCACUUUCUGUUUUGCGUAUUUAGCCUCUGGUAACUUCGAUUGCACGUAAUGUAAUGUUUUUUUCAUAUUUAUAUUUGAUUGAAAUUCCUCUUCAAUGCAUGGCGCUUACAGGUAAAUGAAAAGUGAAAUUCACGCUA